UUGCCAGCUCAGAAAAAGUGCCACGACUCCACAGACAGCAGAGAGACUGAGGGACAGGCGUAGGGAUACCGGGGAAGGGUAGCUUGGAAAAACGAAGAAGAAAGUUAUACAAUAAACAGCGUAAAGUUGUAAAUCACGGAAGUCGUGCGUAACUCUCACAAACCAAGUGAUCAGGUUCAAUUCGAUUGGUAAUAACAAGCAAAGAUGGAUAUUUACGACCCCCAAACUCUGGGCUUCAUGGUCUUUGGUGGCUUCAUGGUCAUCUCUGCCAUCGGGAUUGUCUUAGUCUCCACGUUUUCCAUGAAGGAAACCUCCUACGAAGAAGCUCUAGCCAAGCAACGGAAGGAACAGGAGAAGCAUCGACCCAAAUCGGAGAAGAAGGAGAAGAAGAAGCUGGCUGACAAGGGAAGAGCUAAGAAGAAGAAAGAGGACAAGCCCAACGGAAACAUCCCGGAGUCCGAACCCUCUCAGGAGACCGUCGGCGAAUCUGAACCGGAGGUCAUCGCCGUCAUCCCCGAGCCCGCUGUCCUGGAGACCCCAGUCGAUACCCCCCGCCAGGUCCUUCAGGAGCAGCCUGCCCCCUCCCCCAAGGACAGGAAGAAGAAGGAGAAGAAAGUAGCCAAAGUAGAGCCGGCGCCCAGCCCCGCCAUCCCAUCACACCAGGCCCCGGUUUCCAAACCCACCCCUGUGCUGGAGGCAGUCACCAAGGAGGUGCCCGUCAUGGCUGUGCCGCCAGUCGGAGCUCUGCAGAGUGCCCCUGUUGCCCCCACCAAGAAGCCUGAGGUGGUCGCCAGCCACGACUAUACUAAGCAAGAGGGGUCUUCGAAAAAGAAGUCUGUCUCCAGGAAGAAGGCUGAGCCAAUUCCCUCAAACUCCCAUGAUGGUCCCCUGUACCUACCCUACAAGACUCUGGUUUCCACAGUAAGCGGUAUGGCUUUCAAUGAGGGAGAAGCCCAGCGCCUCAUUGAAAUUCUGACAGACAAGACAGGCAUUGUUCAGGACACCUGGCACACGGCCACUCAGAAGGGAGACCCCGUCACAGCCUUGAAAAAGCAGCUGGAGGAGAAGGAGAAACAGCUCUCUGCGGAGCAAGAGGAUGCCACUGCUGCCAAGAAUAAAUUACGAGAGCUCACAAAGGAACAGGCUGCUGAAAGAACCAGGGUAGCCUCUGUGGAAUGUAAACUCAAGGAGCAGCUCUGCUCUCGAGAGCAGGAGGUCGCUGCUAUGCAGGCUCGCAUGCAGGCCAGCUACCAGGACCAUGUGACCGAGAUGCAGCAACUGCAAACCAAGGUCCGGACCCUCCAGGAGCAGCUAGAGAAUGGCCCCAGUGCCCAGCUGGCUCGCCUGCAGCAGGAGAACUCCAUUCUGAGGGACGCCCUGAACCAAGCCACCAGCCAGACCGAGAGCAAGCAAAAUGCGGAACUGGCCAAGCUUCGCCAGGAGUGCGCCAAGCUGACCAAAGACCUGAGUGAUCAAUCGGAGACCCUGCAGCAGGAUGAGCGGCAGAGGAAGACCCUGGAGGCCAAGGUGGCUGCCUUUGAGAAACAGAUCAGUGAACUUCAGUCCACACAGCAGGACAAUGAGAGCACUCUGCAGAAGAGGCUGGAUGAAGUGAGUGAAGAACUCCGGAAAACUCGGAGCAGCAACACUAACCUGCUGUCUGACCUGGAGAACGCCAAGAGCGAGCUCAAAAACCUCCCAGACCUCCAGUCGAAAGUGUCUUCUGGAGAGGCAGAGUUGAAAAGCAAAAGGGAGGAGGUGGAGAGUCUGAAGACCCAGCUCUCUGAGGCCAGUGCAGAGAAAGUGCAGCUGGAAGAGAGGAUCAGAUCCAUAGAGACCCUGCUCGAGGCAGGCCAGAGCAAAGAGUCCGAGAAGGAUCUAGAACUGCAGCGUGCCAGAACAGCAGAGACUGAGCAGCUUCAGAACAGUUUAAAGGAGAAAGACGCCCAGGUGUCAUUACUCGAGAAAGAAAUUCUACAACUGAAAGAAACAUUUGAACAGCAAGCAAACAUAAAUAAUGAGAAUGCAGAGCAGCAGCUCAGUGCUUUGCAGAAGGAGAUGAGAGAGACCUUGCACACUCUCUUUCCACAGGUCUCUGUAGCCACAGACCAGACUAACUGGUUAGAAGAAUUUAAACAGAAGGCCCAGGAGGAUCUGAACCAACAAACGGCAACAACCACAGAAUCUUCAAAGCUAGCACUUCAGCUAAAAGAAGCUGAAGAAUCUCAGAGCACUUUACAGGCUGAAUGUGAUCAGUACAGGAGCGUCCUCGCUGAAACCGAAGGCAUGUUGAAAGACCUGCAGAAGAGUGUGGAGGAGGAAGAGCUGGUGUGGAGGGCAAAACUGGCAGAGUCCGAGGAGGAACUUAAGAAGGUAAUUGAGGCCAUGGAGAAGCUCCAGCUGGAAUGCCAAAGCACAGAACAGUUAAAGGAGCAGGUGGCUCUCUUGGAAGCCCAGUUGGAAGACCAGCUGGAAUCUGCACACUCGGAAUGUCAGAAUUACUCUGAAGAGGUGUCUCUGUUAAGGGACUUGUUAUCGGAAGCUCAGAGCCAGCUGGAAAUAGCCACAUCAGAUGUGCAGAAACAAAGUGAAGAGCUUGCCUUGGUGAGGCAGCACCUGGGUGAAAUGAAGAACCAUGUACAGGACAGUGAAGCAGUUGGGUCACAGACUGACCAAGCUGAGCAGGAACCCAAUGAGUUGAAAUCUCAGCUGGAGCAAACUGUAGAAAAACUAGACCACAAACAAACACUAAGGCAGAAACUGUCUGACGAGCUUGAUGAGGCUCUGUCAGCGUCAGAUCUGCAGACUGAACUUGAUUUACUGGGAGCUCCUGGGGAUUCUGUGACCGCUGACCCUGAAUAUGUUGCUCAGAUAAAGGAUCAGGAUGGAGAGUCAAAGGAAGGAACAUCUGUUUAAGAUGGCUAGAAACUGAAAACACUAGACAAUUUGCCAAAAUGCCUUACACUUUUUUUAUUAGUUUUUUAGUGCAUUCCUGAACUAUAUGCUCUCUCUUGUGCUGUAGUUAAAGAUUAAAAAAGAGAACCAAAUGUUUCUUUUGAGGGAGAAAGCUACAGCUACAUCUUGUUUGUUUUUGUUGAAAUGACAUUCCAUCGGUAUCGCUCUGACUGUCAGAUAUCUGUAUACCCAUUCUAUCGUCUGUUACCAGAGCCCCUGAAUGCUCAUCGUUCUGUGAAAAGGGAAACUGAAUGUACAUUAGCUGUACA